AUUCCUCUCUUCUCAAAGCAACAGAUGCGUACAAGAAGACACGUCCGCUUCAACCUCCGAGAGAUGCUGCGCUACUUAAUUACCAACUCCCACCUCUCCAUCCAACUAACCGGGAACGAGAACACAACACACACGAGCAUCCGAUCAUGGAGUCGCGUGAAGGCAGAGAAACUCGGGAUCGGAAGAGAACGGCACACCUAAGAGUCGGCGGCAGCGAUGGCGGUGAUGGGGGCGGCGUUAGGAUUGAAGGGGUUCUUGUGUGGGGAGGAACUCUGGCGAUUGCGAGCCUGAUGGCCCUCUUCACGAUCAGAGUGAAGAAGAGGGACUCGAGCCGGUGCCCGUGUGGACCCGGGAAGCUUAAGAUCAAGGCGACUGAAGAAGGAGGAGGAGGAGAAGGUGACGAAAACGGAGGCCUUCUUGUCGUUCUUCAGGAUCAGAGUUCUCCUACGGGUCCUCUUACUCCGCGUAACUCCUCAUGUUGCAUAGGCGGAAGCUAUGGUGGAUCCUCGACAACGGAUUUAGCUCACUUGGAUUGCUGUGAUUCUGCGUCGGGUCAGAGUUUGACGUCGGAGGAAAAGCCUGCUGCUUUUGAGACGGAUGAGGAGAAAGAGCCUCAUCAAGAGACUGUCUUUUCUGAAGGUGCAAAAACAGAGAGCGUCGCGUCCUUUAGUGAUUAUUCCGUGGUCGAAGAUGGUUCGCCGCCGCCAGCUAUGCAAGAUCCCGCUCUAGCCACUGAUGACUGGAAUGAAGAGACGGAAAACCAUCUCAAGAAGCAAAUUAUUCAUGCAUCGAGUGAGGUCGAUGAAUUCGAUCAUGUAGCUGAUGAAGCGCUGAAGGCGGAAGUAGUUGAAUCGGCAGAUUCUGUCGAAGAAGAAGAAGAAGAAGAAGGCAGCGGCGAUGAUGAACAAGCGGAAGAAGUCGAGGGAAGCUCGGAAGAAUCAGGGGACUCUAGUCCUGAAUUGAAUGCUGACGCGAUAUGGACAUGGGAAAUGAUCGAUGAGGCAGUGAAGACAAUUACUGAGGAUCGUGCAGACGUGACCAAGAUCAACAAGCAAGAGAACGAUUCCAUCAUCCACGAGGAAGGGGAGGAAGAUGAAGUUGGAGAUGAUACUAGUGAAAACCCUGCAGACUUAACAGCUUUACACGAGAAUGGAUUGGGCUUGGAGGAGCCUGUCGCGGGGAAUCAUUGGACAACACGCUUCCUGAGGCCGCCGAUCUGGAUUUGGUAUGUCCUGCUGCUGUUGAUCUUGCUGUCAUUCCUAGUUCACAGUAGCAGCAUCAGGAGUUUCGCGAUGAAUAGACGUGACCUCGCCAUUAAAUGAAGUUCUCACAGUCGCAGAUCAGUCGGGAGGAUUUGAGACUUCUUUUAAUUCAAGCAUUCCAAUCUUUUGCUCUGUCUUAAGAAUCAUCUUAAACUGUGUUAGAACUCGGUCCUAACUCCUGCUGAAUACUGAACUCGAUGGGGGACGACAAUGAAAACAUGGGGAAAAUAUUGCACAACAGAAGGUUAAACAUAUCAUUCAUAUCCUUCUUUUACAUUAGUUUUCGAACAUCGAUAUUCUCGCAGCAAUCCAUUUAUUCAAAUUCCUCAAGAGGCGCUCUCACAGAUGCCGCAUCCCCAGGAAGCACCCGAUGAAGUUUUUCUCUCUCAUUUUCUUUUCCUCACUAUUUAGGUGAACCUAGUCGACGUUUGUGGCCGAACAUGGCAUCUAUAUAGGGUUAUCCAUUGUAAUUUGAUUUACUGUUAUGGGCUUCGCAAGUAUAAAACCAGACUACUCCCGUGACUUCGAAAGCGAAGAUAACCACUCAUAACUUGCACAUU